CUGGCCGACUGCUGGCAGCCAGUCCAAAGGCCAGAUGUGGCGGCGGCUCUAGUCGCACGCGUGCGAGAGAGACGAUAACGACACGGCGUGCGGUACUCCCGCGACAUAGCGAAACGCUUGGAAAACACAUACCGGGAAUCACGUUCGACCCGUGAAGAUCCUUCAUGGUUCACCACGGCGAUCACCCAGCCUUUCGUCUGUGAAUUCGUGCGCACAACUCGAUUCAGCCUCUGAGAGAGGAGCAGCCGAGAGAAAAGGGAAGAAAAGAGAAGUAGCUAACGUCCUGAAGGGAGAGAGACGAGAGGAGAAACAAAAGUUCGUCCUGCUCUCGGAUUCCAAAAAGGGAGAGAGAAAGGACAACGAACUCCGCGCUCGACGGAGUACGUCGAGAGGACUCGGCUCCCUGGGACUUGGCCAGGCUGGUCCUCGGGGAUUGGUCGUUCAGCCACGAAGCACAGCGUUGAGGGGGAGAAUUCUUUUUUCGAGGGUGAUCGCGGUUUCUUGUGGAAUAUACGUGCAGCGAGGGACAUCACCAGCCGUUCACGGGAGUGGUGGUAACCGGAGAGUGCGGCUCCUAGGUGCGGAUUUUUCUUUGAGACCUAGGAGAUCGACCUUCGAAAUCCUUAAAGAGAGUGUAUAGGGUAUAUAGGAGUGAUUUCGAACGAAAAAAAGAGACGCAGAAAAGAAAGGCACCCUGGAACAUGUCUGGAAUCCAAAUUAACGUGGAAGAGGCCUCCAACGACGGACACGAGGAUCCUGUUCCUGAUAUCGAGGCGACGGCGGCUACGACAGCAGUAGCGGGCAGCCCGCUUUCCUGGCACAUCCCAAGGCCGUCCUUGGUGGGACGAAGCGAGAGGGAUAGCGAAAAUGGUAGCUGGGCUCAUCAUCUGCACCCAAACUCACCAUCCAGAGGAUCCACCUCGUCGCAAGGAUCCACUGCCAGUACACAUAGUGCCGCAUCGGGCACGUUACUUCUGACAGCCGCUAACCUAGCCAAUCUCGCAGCGAUUCAUCCGCCUACGGUGACGGCGCCGAAACAGAUGGACACCGCAUCGGUUGCGAGCAGCACUCACUUCACCGUAGUGAACGGCCUAGGCAGACCGACGACCGUUUACAGGAAGUCCUGCUGCGCGAGAAAUCAGCUCACCGUGCUCGUCUGCACGAUGAGCUUUCUAUUCAUGGUCGGUCUGCUUCUCGGGAUUCUCUACAUGGAAAUGAGAAUUCGCGACAAGUACCACUAGGCCGAUAAAAAUUGGCGAAUGCAGCGAUCGUGGGAUCAUCCUGUAGAAGACUAUGCUAACGAUGAGACAGAAGAAUGCAAACUACGAGUCAACAUUGAGAUGUUCAAGAAGAAUGGAAUCAGGGAUGAAUCGAUCUCUGCGAAUCAUUUGAUGUUAAGAUUUUCGAUCACAAUCGAUGGAAUUAUUCGUAUUUAUAAUGUAUAUGUAUAUUAUCACUUAGAGCGUUAGAACAACUCGAUUAGACGUUCUCGGUCAGAGACAAAGUUUCAAAGGCUGUAUUGCACCCUAUUUGGCGUGUGGUACGUGAAAACUCAGUAAUUACAUUCAUGUAAUGAGCUAGCUUUAGGUAAGGCCGUAUAAAUAGCACGAAUGCGAUCCUAACUCCUAAAUUAAGCCACUCGAUUAUCUGGCGAGGAGGCCGAUCCGCGUCUUUCGAAAUUCGGUCAAUAUUUCUUCUACUAUCCUUCCCUUUCUAUAAUUAAGAUCAGACGAUGACGUAUUAAAUAAAAUGCACGAAUCAUCAUUUCUUUGAAUCGAUUUGUAAAAAUUAUUAAUUUAAAUUAAAUUUAAAUUAAGAUGUUUCUGAGAUGUAAAUCUCUGGUUUAAAUCUAAUUUAAAUUAGAUUUAACGACGAUAAGAUUGUAAAAGGAAAAUAUUAAUUGUAAGCUAGACAAGUCGUCGUCCAGCGAAACAUUUUGUAAGUCAUACGCACAAGUAUUUCUUCGAUUAACGUUGACGGUUCGGAACAAUCGACGAGAUGGGAGUAAGAUAAGCGAAUAUGUAUUAAUUUUUAGGGAUCGUUAUUUAAUUGUUACUAACAGAAAGAACGCUUGAAUCAAACCUGGAUUCCGCAUGCCAGGGUGUCGUGUUCCAGGGAAUGUAUGGAAAAGCAAUGGGCAGCGAUCGUGUCGAUCGCUGACCCACAACUGUGAUAUUACUUGCGUAUUAAUUAAUCGUCGAUUCAACAAGAAACUGUCGAACCAUGAAGAAAA